AUUGAAAUUGAAAGUAAAAGAAGUAUUUGUGUUAUAACAAAUUUUGCUUUCAACGUCAAAACGACUCAUUGCCAGUGCUUGUCGGCGAACGAAGUAAUUUAUCCAUAGGAAUGAAUUCCAUUACACUAUCGGUUCUUGUCAUUAUGGCGAUCGCGUCAAUUAAUGCACAUCCCGGGGGAGCGCCCCCGGAAACGUGUGAAGAUAUGGUCCCUAAACACGGUGUAGAACCCCAAAAAUCAAAGUUUCCAUAUACCGUUGAAGUGAGUAAACCAACAAUUACAAGGGGAGAUACAAUAGAUAUCACAAUAUCUGGUGAUAAGGAAUUCAAAGGCUACCUUUUGCAAGUAAGAGAUAAUAAAAAUAAAGCAGUCGGAACUUUCAUAAUCCCGGAUACAGACCAACUCUCAAAAGUUCUCACUUGUCAUGGAAACAAAAAUAGUUCCGCCACGCACAAAAACACAAAAGCUAAAAAGAAUUUAACCUUGAAGUGGAAAUCGCCGCAAGUAAAAGGACCUCUUACCAUUUUCGCAACUGUUGCGGAGAAUGGUGGUGUGUUUUGGGCACAUGAGCCGACAGCAGAAAUAAAUGUUGUUUAAAAACGGAGAACAGACUUUCACAUUGGAUAAUAUUUAUCUGACAAAUUAGAAAUAAUUUUUAUUAAGCAAAAAAAUAAUUAAUGCCAAAUUUCACUUACUCUACUUGUUUUUGGAUGUUUAAACCUUUUUUCGCUAUUUUUAAUAAUUAUUAUUUGAAAUAAAAUUUAAAUGUAUUUAAUGUGUUAUGUUAAUAUCGUUUUAAUGAAAAAGUUUUAUUAAAGGUAAUGACCAUAAUCAAUGACCAAG